AUGGCGGCCCUGUUUCCUGAAGCACUUUCUGUGGUCAGUGAGGACCAGCCCAUAUUCGAGCCGCCCUACAGCGCCGCGCCCACCAUGCACAUGAAGAGCGAGAUGACCUCGCCCGGCAGCUACGGACAGGCCUCCAAACCCAGUCCAGAACCCGCCGAGUCCGAGUGGGGGGGCUCAGCGGCCCAGAACUCCGGGAAGAGAGGAGAGCAUGUCAACAGGACCAGCCGGGAGUCUCCGGUGGACUGCAGCGUCACCAAACGCUCCCGACACAUGAGCAGCGACGGGGCCCCCAUGCCAUACCAGGCCUCGUACCCGGAGCCCCGCGUCAGCCCCCAGACCGCCACACCACCGAGCAGCACCACUGAGGAGAAAAGGGUCAUUGUUCCAGCAGACUACAACAAACAAAACUACGACAAACCAGACAACAAGCCAAAGUUAGACAAACCAGACUACGACAAACUAGAGUAUGACAAACCAGACGACGACAAACCAGAGUACAAGAAACCAGACUGCGACAAACAAGACUACGACAAGCCAGACUACAACAAGCCAGAGUACGACAAACCAGAGUAUGACAAGCCGGAGUACGACAAACCAGAAAAUGACAAGCCAGAGUACGACAAACCAGACUGCGACAAACCAGACUACAACAAACCAGAGUAUGACAAACCAGACUACAACAAGCCAGGAUUGUUGAUUUGA